UUCGCGCAAUCGCGCAGUACUCAAUCAACAGACAACAAGCACAUGAAACGACCAGCAAACAGUUAAGCCAACUCAACCAAAACAAAAUCAAAAGAAAUCACCGAAUAUAUUCACGCCCCUGUUAUUCUCUCUCCUCUUUACACGCUCAAAUCUCCAAAACGUGUCCAAUUUCUCAACAAUCUUCUUCCAAAAGUAACCCAAAUCAAAAGCAUCUUUCUACUAUUUCAACCCAUCUUCUCAUUUUCUUCAAACAAUCAAACCCAGAAAAACUAAAGAAAAAAAAAUGGUAGGAGCAAAGAAAUUCGGAGUAGCAGUUGAUUUUUCAAAGAGUAGUAAAUGUGCACUUCAAUGGGCAAUUGAUAAUUUGGCUGAUAAGGGUGAUACGUUAUAUUUAAUCCAUGUUAAACCAUCUUCUCAUGAUGAAUCUCGUAAUCUUCUUUGGAGUAAAUCGGGUUCUCCGCUUAUUCCUUUGGUGGAGUUUAGGCAACCGGAAGUUAUGAAGAAGUACGAGGUUCAGACUGAUAUUGAUGUUCUUGAUAUGUGUGAUACUGCUUCUCGUCAAAAAGAGAUACAUAUUGUAACGAAGAUAUACUGGGGAGAUGCAAGAGAGAAGCUUCUGGAAGCAGUUGAUGAUCUGAAAUUGGAUUCUUUGGUUAUGGGAUGCAGGGGACUCAGUGGUCUUAAAAGGAUUAUCAUGGGAAGUGUGGCGAACUAUGUGAUGAGUAAUGCUACUAUACCAGUAACCAUUGUCAAAGAGCCCGGAUUCCAGAGGGCUUGAUUUAGCUGUACUAGUCUGAUAUCGCUGGCUAUACUUGUUGAGAGUCUUGAGACUGAUUGCUCAUCCAUUAGCCGGCUAUUACCUUUGAAGUUCAUAAAUCGAUAUCUGUUUCUUGAUGAUCGGAUAUCUAGUUUUACAAUUUGUUGUUAUACACUUAAUUCAAGUACUUGGUGUUGCUAAUAAUGUUGGGAUGCCUUUGGACCAGUUCAGAGCUCGAUAUCUAUGCCUAGAUUAUCAGAUAUAAAAUCUCACAAUUUGUUGCUAUGUACUUGAUAGUACUUGUGUUCGCCUUCAAACCGGUUUAAAGCUCGAUAUCUGUUGCAAGAUCAGAUACAUUUGACAAUUUGCUGCACUGAUGUAUCUGAUUUAGUGUUCGCUUAAUCCUUGUUUGGUACAUGUCUUUUAGCCAACAGUUUGGUUGGAUUUUAGCUUUUGGAUUUUACAUGUUUUCAA